CAAUGUUUUUCAUCAUGGCGGACGACUCAUUGGCAGGCAAGUAAACGUAGUUUACGCUUUCAGCCGCUCUGUUUCAGGAAUCUAAGUGUGAGGAUGAGGUAAGAAUAAGAAACAUGUUUGUUUUAUUAUUAAAAUAUCGCGGCACUUUAGUCUUUCACCGGUGUUAGACAACGUUAUGCGAUUUAAACUUAAUCAUAGAAGAGUUCUUUACUUGAUAGAGGUCUCUUAUCUAGACAUAAUGUUGUGUUGAAUACUGCUGAUGCUCCCAAAACGUAUAGAUAACUAUUAAGCAUACAUUUUUAGUUGCCAUCUUUUUUAUUUUUUUAUUUAUUUUUGGUUUUUUUUCAGUGACUGGAUUGAGCAUGGCUUCCAUAUCUAUCAAGUACAAUUAAACACGAAGAACAGAAGGAAGUUUCGUCAGGUUGCCAGAGAUACUUGUGGAGAAUCAAUGGAGCCACAAGACGACGACUUGGUGAUGUUUGGAGAGAAAUUGGACGAAAAAGGCACGAUAAGACCUAAUAUAACUUUAUUUGUUAGAACAGAAAGCUUGAACUGCUGUUAAUCCGGUGGCCUCUCACGAGACCUUAUUUGUACCAAGGUGAAAACUCCUAUAUACUUGCGCUCUUUUAUUCGUGGCAAACUUGAAUUACUUUUGGCUGGAACAGUUACUUUGUCUGGCCAUCUUUUCUCUCAUGUGGGGUCUCUUUUUCUCUGCCACGCUGGUUCACAGAACUCGUAUUUUGAAAAGCACAUGCAGUCUAGUUUACUCUUUAUUACUGACCCAGUUUGAAUCUGACAAGUGUAGUGGACUACUACCACAAGUCUGGGGGUAAUGUGGUAGGCCAAAUAGGUCACCUUGCAAAUUUUACAUCCUGCUGUGGGACUUAAACUCGUGAUCCAAGUAAAAAAAAUCAUUUUCAAAAACACUACACCACAUCAUGAGUCACAUGUCCAUGACAAUGGAUAAUUAACAGAUCUUCAGUGAAACUGAGCAAUUUGGUAUUAUAUAUCAACUGAGGUGGUAACGUAAAUUGGCCUCUAUUGAGUAACAAAGCUGAUGAUUAGAGCAUUAGCCCUAGCUCUGACAAGGGGCUAACACUCUAAAUGUCAGCUUUAUAACUCUUAUGGUGACCAAUUUACAUUAUCAACUCAGUUGACAAUACCAAAUUACCCUGUUAUACUCUCCCACUGAUGUAGCACCACAGUGUUUUUUAGAAUCUUGCCCUCUUUAUCCAGAUCUUCAGAGAACCUUGAAUUUAGUACUUCACCACAAGUGAUGACCUUGAAAAAAUGGUGAUUAGACCAUUUGUAAAGCAGGAUGUUUGUGUUUCUCCCUUUUAGAUCCAGUUGUCUGUGUUAUCUGUGCCAAACUGGCAAAGGAUAAUGUUGAAGAUACAGCAAAUGAACAUUAUUUCCACUGGAUCAACUUUAUUUUUGUCAAAGGAAAAUUCCAAGUAAGAAAAAUUUAGUUCCCAUUUAACCAUGUCUCCAACAUACUGGUAUUCUUUAUUGCUUUCAGUCAUAUCAAGGAUGAUUGCAGGUCUCUAAGAAGUGGCUACUAGGCAAGUUAUUUUAAUUGAUAUGGGUUUAAUUUUACAGAGACAAGGUUUUGGUGGGAAAAUGUUAAGUGCAAUGGAACAAGAACUCAGGCAAAGAAGAUUAAGACCAAUAAGACUUGAAAGUGCAGUCAAGGCCGUGAACUUCUUUAAAACACAAAAUUACAAAGAAAUUGGAGAGCCAAUGAAUUGUGUCUGUUCUGGCUCAGCCUUAUUUAGAACGUUACAAAGAAUGGAGAAAUUCUCAAAGAUGUAA